UUCUUAAUAUUUUGUCCCCAAAACGCAUGUCCGGACACAGCAGUCUGCUCUCCCGGCCGGCAUUAGGCAGAAUGUGGCGCCUGCUGCUGGUUUGCUGCUGUGCUGCUCUGGCGGCGGGUGGAAGUCAGGACGCGUCCCCGGGAAAGAUGACCGAGGAUGGGGGCGAGAAGCGGGAGGGGGAGCGGCAGCCCACCGCCGAGCCCCUGGAGGAAGAGCUGGACAACCAGGAGAACAUUAUAAGCCAGCUGCUGAAUGAUUACGACAAAGUAAAAACGGUGUCGUCAGGGUCGGACUGCGUGUGUCGCUGCGUCGUUCGACCAAUCAAACGCUCGGAAUGCAGUCGUAUUGGAGAGCACGACUCACCAUCGCUGUCCCAGGAUUUCUACACUGUGGAGACGAUCACCAAGGGAACGGACUGCAAGAAGUGUGAGUGCAUGGCUCCGCCUUCAGCCGUAAACCCAUGCGAGGGGGAAUACAGGUUCAAGAAACUACAGGAAGCGAGCAAAGAUGACAUCAAGCUGGCCACCAUCAUUGACCUGCUGGAAGGCUCCCUCUAUGGGAUUGACCUGCUAAAACUCAACUCUGUUACCACCAAGCUGCUGACGCGAGUGGACAACAUGGAGAAGGUUUUCAGACAAAAUGUUAAUGAAAGAAGCAAAGAUCGCAUAAAGGAAAGGCCCAAAGAAAAAGACAAGAAGGCUCAGCAGAAGAAAAAGAAGACGGGCGAUUUGGAGCGUUCGGGAGCUAAAAAUGAAACAGUUGCAAUCACUGACAAGCAGAAAAACAAUGAAGGGAAGAAUAUCCAGCAGCAGACGGAUUUGGAGCUCCAGCAGGGAAUCAGAAAUGAGACGAAGCCCGUCAAAGAUAAGAACACAGUGCUUGUCAAAGGUGUGACCUUCUAUAAGGCGGAGGAUGGCAUCUAUAAGGAGGAAGAGGAGCAUAAAAAGGGAAGAGCAAAGAAUACGAUUUUGCCUACAAAUGUAACAAAAGAUCUGUUGAUUAUGGAAAAGCAGCAACUUCCCACUCUUCCCAAACAAACAACCCAGAAGCAUCAUGUCAAAACGCAGAGCGAUUCUUCACCCAACAGUCAGCCUUCACCAACCAUCAAACCAGCUGAUGACCUCAUCUCUACAAGAGCCAAGCUGACUUCAACCAGUCAUCAAGCUGAGAUCAGAACAGUCCAGCCCUCCGUGACUGUCCCCUCGCAGUCCACCCCCUCCUCAAGCACCAACAUCAGCCCAGCAACAGCUCCACCUCAGUCAAAAUCCAGGAGUCGACUCAGCUGGACAGAGAGCCCGGCGGACCAACCCAAGCCCACCAGAAAGCCCGGAGUGUGUAAGGACACUGUAGCCAGCAUCUCUGAACCGGUCCAGAAGAACUCGUUCGGCCUCAGCGACGGUGCCUGGAUGAGAGACGCUCGUGGCCACGGCAACGUCAUCUACCUCACUAAUGGUCACUAUGGCGACACCUUGCUGGAGUUUCGCGACAUGGAAUCCUUUAAAGCAGGUCAGACGAGUAAUUCCUACAAGCUCCCUUACAGUUUCACUGGAACGGGCCACACUGUCUUCAAUGGAGCCUUCUACUACAACCGCGCUUUCAGCAGGGAUGUGAUCAGAUACGACCUGAGACACAGGCUGGUGUCUGGCUGGACGACGCUGCACGACUCCCUGCUGGAAGAGGAAUCUCAUAAGACACAGACUGAGGUGGAGUUUGCUGUGGAUGAGUUGGGUCUGUGGCUGCUCUACCCCGCUCUGGACACGGAGGGCUUCCACCAGGAAGUGAUCCUCCUCAUCCGCCUCCAUCCCAGAGACCUCCAGCCGAUUCAGACCUUUCGGACGGGUCUCCGGCGCGGUCGCUACGGAAACACCUUCCUGGUGUGCGGCGUGCUGUACGCAGUGGACAGCAUGGAGCGCCACUUUGCCAACGUGACCUACGCUUUCGACACACACACGCUGACACACACGGUGCCGAGCCUGGCGUUCACAAACAUGCACACGCACACCUCCCAGCUGGACUACUGCCCGCUGGACAAGAAACUGUACGCCUGGGACAACGGACAUCAGAUGAUGUAUGAUGUCAUCUUUGCUUAUUAACAUGAAGGAAAUGGUGGUUAAUUUUAUUUAGCAGAGGCUCAAAAACAAUUUCAAAAAGGAAAAAAGGGACAAAAACACCAGGAGAGCAAAGGAUUACAGCGAUUUUCUCCAGAGAUUCAAGGGGUUUCUGUUGGGAAUGAGGAAGAUCAACUCCUGUUGAUUUUUUUAGUCUUGUUAGUUGAAUGGAGGCAGCUCAGAUUGAAAAAACAAAGUCCCAAAGUGGUUCUACAAAAACAGAAAUAGUCUUACAUCAUCACCACUUCCUUGAUAUAAGGAACCUUGCACAAACCCUAAAAAUCCCAACAGUCUUGACCUUUAACCUCUGUCAAAAUUGCCAAUCCCCGUCUCAGAAGACGAUUUACCAACACUGACCAAUAAUGAUUGUGCUCGUCUCCACCACUUGACUUGGAAACUGGUGAUUGAAGUACGGUUCUGGAAACUCAUUCCAUCAGAAUUUUUGUGCUAAAUUGAACCCAGAAGAAGUUUUCAACUCGACAUCAAAGGAUUCAGUGGAGCUUUGGUGUUAUUUGAGGCAUUUUAUGUUAAGAAAGUCUCACAAACUUACAAAGUCAUUUAAGGAAAACGUGUCUUUAUUCAGUGGGUUUUAUUGUUUUCUGACACUGAGCGCACCCCACUGCCUGGAAAUGUCAUGCAGUUGCAGCACCUGCUCCUUUGGGUGCAGUGUUGGCCAAAAAAAAGCUCUGAUCAGCAUUUUUUUUAAUUUGCACGAAGAAAACUAGCAUGUUUGACUAGUUUUCUAGCAUAUUUUGAUUAUUACAUCCACCUCUUCAUGCCAACAUGUUUGCCAAGUAAACAUUUUUCAGCAAUUUAAUGAUUGAGCUUUUUCACUUGAAUUUUUUUUUGUUCUGUUUUGUUUCAUACCACUUUUUGAUGCUGUCCACGUGCAUUCACACUGUAGUGAACCCCGUCAAGGUUUCUUUGCAGGUUCAGGAGUUUCCUCCAAACACUUGUGUUUCUGGACUGCCCCCCUAUUGUAAAAUAAUUCUUUUACCUGGUCUGGACAAGAUCUUCUUGCUAAUUACUUUUCAUUGUGUUCAGAUUUUAAUAUUGAAACAAAAUCCUGGUCUUCAUAAAAGAAGAAAACACCUGUAAACUGUAACAGGACCAUAACAACAGGAAAAACAGACGUGGCAGAGUGCCGACUGUAAAACCUGAACUCUAAUCCUUACUUCCACCAUCUGUGAAAUGUUUUUUUUUUUUUCAUUUUAGGGAUGAAUCAAUUGUUUAAAACCUUCUUCUGUCACAUUUUUGCUAAUUUGGAACUAUCCACAAACUGUUCUUAUUAAAAACCUUUGUUGCAGGA